CACAAGUUUCACAUCUUUCGUUUCAGGUGAGCAGCAUAUGCGGCUCGUACCUCUCGAUGGACGUUUCGGCAGCCGUGUACAUAGUCGCCUGCAUCAUGGUUGGUAUGCUGUUUCUCUGGCUGCCCGAAUCGCCGCACUGGCUCAUAAAGAUCAAGGAUUACGAGCGAGCGAGACGAUCCGUCGGCUGGUACCAGCCCAGUAACGAUCCAGACCAGGAAGUCAACGUCAUCAAAAACUUUGUGGCGUCCACCAGCUGUGAGAGUUUUCGCGACAAGCUGCGCAGAUUCGAGUCGGCGCCGAUACGCCGAGCCAUGCUUCUAAUUAUCAUUCUGUUCACCUUCAUGCAGAUCACGGGCUUGAACACUAUUAUCUUCUACAUGGAGACCAUAAUCCGGAACAGCCAGCAGACGUUGUUGGAACCUUCGGUGGCGGUCAUCUGCGUGCACUCUUCGGGUAUCCUUGCCACAGCUCUCUCCAUGUGUCUGAUCGACAGGUGCGGCAGGAGAUUCCUGCUGAUCGUUUCGUCGGCUGGAGUUGCUCUGUCCAUGGCUGGCUUGGGUGGAAACUCGUACCUAAUCAACAUAGGUGCCGACCUGACGAGGUUGCACUGGUUGCCGCUGGUCUCGGUCUUCUUGUUCAUCAUUAGCUACUUCGUGGGACUGAUGAGCGUGCCCAGCACGGUGCUGGGCGAGAUUUUCCCAGCCGACAUCAAGUGCGUGGCAGGUUGUGUAGCCAGUUUGGUUGGGGCUGUCUGGUCGUUCGCCGCGACCAGGUCGUUCCAGCCGAUUAAGGAUGCGAUCGGGGAUACCUAUGUCUUCUGGCUGCACGGCAUUUGCGCCUUGCUCCUUAUACCUUACGUCUGCGUAUUCAUGCCGGAAACUAAGGGCAAGAGUCUACAGGAGAUACAGAAUAAGCUUCUUAGGAAAUGAUCCGAUGAGUCUGUCUUAUUUGGACGUCUCGUUGAAGUUGAGAAGUUUAGGUUGGAUUAUGAUCUGACAGAAUUUCCCAUACCUCUGUUUGCCAUCGUAACUAGGAUUAUCGUUGAACCAGCAUGGAAUUUCGCAAAAUCGUAACUUGAAGACUUGACAUAGGUUGUAUGAUAAUAUAUUAGCAUUAAUGAUAUUCUGUAAUUUAGUUUUUUACCGUAAAUAAAAGUGUACAUACAGUUAAAAUCUUUAGUGUCACUGUCAACGCCCACAUAUAAUUAUCCAUCAUAUACACCAGCUUCCAAAAAACUCCCACUACACCCAAGAAACGCAUCGAAAAUAGUAAUCCCAUGACCAACCAAAUGAGAAGCAAUCGAGCAGCCCUUCAGCACUUGGCUAUAUCGAAUUUCACAGAGAAUUUAUCAGCCGAACGUGCUAUGCAGUCGCGUGGCCCCAGAUCCAGCAAUGCGCACACUUCGUGAUUACGUUUUCUUCCGGCGCGUGCGACCUUGGGCGAUUCCGCGCUCUCUGACAUAUUAGUCGGAAAUUGGCAGCGACGCCCCAGAGCAAUUGCGGACCUCUCUGGGCUGUGCGUAUCGAGUAUAGGGGGGAGAGGGUAGCUUUUAUCGCGAAAGCAACGCCACGUUUUACCUGCGGGAGUUGCACGCGACGAAAUUGGAAACUCGAUUGGGUAAUUCGCCUUUGCCGGACUGCAGCGUUUGCGACAGCGGCUGCUUUACUAUUUACGGAAUAAAUGCCGUGUGAGAACGUUGGCAUUUUGUUUAGUUUUGUUGCGCCUUCCUUUUUUGUUUUUGUCUACUGCAUUCGUUGAUUCGUGUACUUUCGAAUCUAGGCGAAUGUGAAAUU